AUGGUUAAAUGGUACUUUGAUAAAGUGGAUCUAGGUAAUGAAAAACACAGUAUUCAGGUUGCUUCUCAACAAGAAGAUGGUGAACCUACACUACAAGACAUGGCUGUACUUAUUGAACAAGUCACUGGAGUUCCAGUUCCUUUUCAGAAACUGAUAUACAAAGGGAAGUCUCUGAAAGAAUUGGAACAACCGUUGUCAGCGCUUGGUGUUAAAAAUGGUUGCAAAGUCAUGUUGAUUGGGAAAAGGAAUAGUCCAGAAGAAGAAGCUGAAUUAAAGAAGUUAAAAGAUCUGGAGAAGUCAGUGGAGCAAAUAGCUAAUAAGUUAGAGGAAGUUAAUAAAGAGUUCACAAGUAUCCAGAAGGGAUUUUUAGCAAAGGAUCUCCAAGCAGAAGCGCUAAAACAGCUGGACAAGAGGAUAAAAGGAACUGCAGAGCAGUUCAUGAAGAUCCUGGAACAGAUUGAUGCCAUUAAUCUGCCAGAGAAUUUCAGUGACUGCAAACUGAAAAAGAAGGGGUUGGUGAAAAGGGUUCAGGUUUUUCUUGCCCAGUGUGAUACCAUUGAAGGAAAUAUUGGUCAAGAAAUGGACAAGCUACAGUCAAAGAAUUUGGCACUGGCAGAAUGAGGCAUUGCCCUACGUAAUUAGGAAACAUAAUUGCUCUAUGAGCAAGAAGAAGAGUUUGCUCUUUGUUUUGGAGCACGUAUUCAGCCUUUUUUUUUUUUUUAAAAAAAGCCCAGUCUGUUAGACUGGUACUAGUCAAUCAUUUCUUGCUGGUUGUCUUGUUUGCCGCUUGGUUAGACCUAUUAUUUUGAAAAGAAAAUCCUGAAGAAUUGCAAAAAUAAUCUUUGUGGUGAAUUCUUAUGUAUCUUAUGGACGAAUGUUUAGUUAACUAAGUUACAAAGUUUGCAGUGAUGGGCAAUUUUGUCUGAUAUGUCUUUGAAUUUAUUUACAGCUCAAAUCAAAGAAGGUCUAUAAUCGUACAAGUGCCGUAAGUUGCAAUUGUAGGACUUCAGCUUGUUUGAAAAAGGCAAACUGAGACGACAUCUGGGAAAGUCGUAUGUUGUAGUAGACAGUUCAGAGCAAUAAAAAACCCCUACACAUUUGUAUCUACUUAAUGUUUGUAUGCAUUUAUAAAUAUAAGAAAGCUUGACUAUAAGGGAGUCGUACCUAUUUUAGCCUUAAAUUGUCAUAAUAAAUGGCAUGUACUGUAACAUGUAUGGUACUUAAUUUUGAGUGGUGCUUUAAGUUGUUACUGAGCUCCUUGAUACAGAUAUACGUUUUUUACAU